AUGGAGGUGCGUAACGACGUAAAUAACGACCCAUGGGGACUUGGCUACAAGAUCGUUAUGCGGAAACUAGGAACUUUGGCAUCAAUUCCUGAUCUGGAAGAAAGUAUGAUGGAUAAUAUCGUAAAUUCUCUCUUUCCGGACCAUGAAGAGCGAAGAGAUCCCGAAAGGACCUUCAUGGACGACCCACCAUUUUUCACGGAAUAUGAACUUAAAGCCGCCGCACGUUCUUUGAAGAACAACAAGGCUCCAGGACCAGAUGGUGUUCCAUCAGAGCAAAGAAAAGGGCAUCCCCGAGAUGCCGAACGCAUACCGUCCGCUUUGUAUGCUCGACACAUCAGGGAAAUUGCUGGAGCGACUGCUAAAACCGCGCAUAGCAGAAUCCAUCGAAUCGCUGCACAGCGUGGCAAUGCUUACUCGAAGCGCAUAGUCCUUCUGGCGGCUCUAGACAUCCGUAAUGCGUUCAACAGCCUACAAUGGGUUGAUGUGAUCAACGCCCUAGCAAGGCGCUUUAGUACACCUAUGUACCUAAUGCAAAUGAUUCGCAGUUACCUUAGCGAUAGAGAGCUUCUCUACCACACACGGAACGGCAUGAAAACCAAGAAGAUUUCUUUCGGUGCAGCACAGGGCUCCGUUCUCGGCCCCGAUCUAUGGAAUGCGAGCUAUGACGAAAUAUUCUCCAUCGAAAUGCCAGACAACGUUCACCUAGUCGGCUUUGCUUAUGAUGUAGCUGCAGUCAUCACAGCUCGAAAUAUGCACGAGGCACAACUCAAACUGCAACAGGUGGUGAAACGCACGAUGGCUUGCAUGGACGACCGUGGCCUGAAACUAGCAACCGAGAAGACUGAAUUGAUCUUACUAACGAAGCGGCAAAUACCCUUGGAAAUCGAAAUGCAGGUCUGGGACUCGACCAUAAAAACAUCCAAGGUAAUGAAAUAUCUGGGCAUCCAUCUGGACUCUAGGAUGUCGUAUCGGGCUCAGAUAAAUCAUGCUGUCGAAAAACCUUCAAAGGCCUCAGCGUCCCUUAGAAAGCUGAUGGCAAACGUUGGUGGACCAACAGAAGGUAAACGAAAAUUGCUUAUGGCAGUAGUGAACGCAGUACUACUCUACGGUUCGGAAGUAUUGUCAAACACCUUACAGAUUAAUCAGAAGCGCAAUGCGCUCCAAAAAGUCCCGAGAACAGCCGCACUCAGAGUAACAUCAGCUUACCGAACUGUAUACGGCGCAGCGGUUCUUGUGAUCAGCAGCCCAAUGCCCAUCGACUUCUUGAACGAAGGUGAGCAUAUUUAG